AUGACAGCAACUCCGGGAGCAGGUUCAGGAUUUGCAGGCCCGGAUGACCAACGUCGACGCCAAUGUCGCCGGCAUAGCACAGAAUUUGGUGCAGUUUCUGAUGCAUACAGGCUAUGCACCUCCGUUUCCACCUCGCCCUCCGCUAUGACCCGAUUUCAGGGAAGUUUGGCUGAUUCCCCUCUCACUUUUGCUUCACUUUUGAUAAGAAGUUUUCUCAAGAAUGAAGGUAGCUUUUACUAUGAAGUUGAUGAUGUUGCCAUCGUAGAUAGAACACAAGAAAGUGUUUACAAAUGGAUUACCACAAAUUAUCUGUUAGGAAAUUUGGGCAAGGACUGUUCAAGUUCAGUUGGAGUGAUUGAUCUUGGAGAAGAGGCUGUCCAGAUGGUUUAUGCUAUGUCAAACACAAAUGCCUUAAAUGCACCAAGAACAUCAGUGGGAGACAAUGUAGAUGUGCUGGAGAAAUAUCUAAAUGGAAGAAGAUAUCAUCUCUACACCAAAAGGUGUAUCCCUCUUAUGUUUCAUGAUGUUUUUCCUGUUUUCUUCUUCCCGUUUUGUGAGAAGUAUGGCAUACUCUCGGUUCGAGCCGAAAUUCUCAAGCUCUUCAAUAACACUAGCAAUCCAUGUGUUUUAGAAGGCUUUCAUGAAUUCUUUUACAAGUCUGUUCAGCUUGGUCUUAUCGAUCGCAAUGCAGACGCAGCUGUAAUUCGUGCAACAGAUUAUGCGAACGAAGCUGAUCGGGCUUGCAGGACAAAAAUGCGAGAUGCAAAAUCCAAAUACCGAUUGGAGGAUCCUAACCUUCCUUAUAUUUGCAUGGAUCUAGUGUACCUGUAUACUAUACUGAUUAAUCAGGAUUCAGGAAAGAUGCUGCAAUUCACAGGUCUAGAUCCUUGGCAAGAGAUUAAAUUGCUGCAUCAGAUAACAUACCAGGAUUGGUUGGCUGGACCAACAUGGCCACUGGGCUAUGCCAUUGAUGUUGCCUCAUCAAUCACAGAAAGCCAAAUGACAGCCUAG